ACGCGGCACAGCAGAAGCAUUCUCAUUGGACCUGCUGUUGCUAGCCUGGGCUAAUUUUGCCCACUUGCAUUCGUCUCCUUCUAUCAAUACCUGCGAAAUGCUACCUCGAGAUGCCAUUGCGAAUCAAGCGCGUCAAGGCAUUCUGCUUUUACCCGUCUUAUUUUGGCAUCGAUUGUGCAUCAACCCAUCCUCCAUCUUCAACUUUCAUGCUGGCCAGACCUCAUGCUCAUGGAUGAUGGAACAGGCGACAACUGUCGGACUUCCCGCGUCAGUCGGGUCGGUGACAAAUGAAAUGGGCAGCUCGGUUCACACUGGAUGACAUAGCGUCAAGGUUUCACUCCUUUGGGCCAGUUGUCCUGCUUUGUAAGUUGCUCUCGAUAUAUCUCAUGUGCAGGAAAUUAGGAAUAACCUCGAGGACGCCUUGCGCGCUGCUUCGAUGCUUCGACAGAAAGAGUCCUAGCACUCACUCGAGGAAACAUUUGAGGACUCGCAGCGCCCCAUCCAUGACGGGAGGUACGUACUCUGUACUUCGUACUGGUACCAAGGAUCGCAUCCCCUGCCAACUCUUGUGUAACACAAGAAAGGACAGGGCAGGGAGUUCGUACGGAUAUUGGCGCAGACAGACUCUAUCCGUACUACGGACACGGAUACAGAGAGCAAUAAACACCUUACUCCGUACCUUAUGUCCGUCCCGUAGGGCUGCACGCACGCACGCACAGAGAGAUCCCGUUUCUCUCGCCGCCUCCCCCUCGCGCUCAUCCUGCUCAGCGCCUCUCGUUGAAGGAUCUGCCAGCGCAGAAGCACCUUGGGGGUGUUUGGGAAUGGUAAACGGCAGAAUGCAUCAUCAUGUCAAGCAACGGAAAGGCAGCGGCUCUGGCAAGCCUGGCUCCUGGAAUCAGCAGUUCUUGGUAUGCGCUGUUGCGCAGAAAUCGCCCUUACCCCAACGCGGGAACUGCUACCCCAUUUGGGGGCCGCCGUUCAGAUCCAAGCUUUCGCCUGGCGUUCUGUAGGGCGGCCGAUCCCUCCACCAGUCACCACCGCCCACUUGGUGCUAAGUUGUGGCCUUUUGGCCGUUCCAGGUCGCCCUGUAUCCAUAAGGUGAAAGUACGUAGAACGGUAGCUGAUCUGUUGCAACUUGGGGAGUUGGGGGGAUGUUUCGGAACCACUGCUCCCCAAGCUACCUAGCUCAGCCCGCACACAAGGCCUAGCUUCUCCCAAAGUUCCUCACAUAGGGC